AUGUCCAAAAACCCGAAAACGAAAGAUUCUAAAGUCAAAAUUGCGAUAAUUACCGGCGCGAAUAGUGGUGUAGGUUAUGGAGUCGCACAAAGAUUAUUGGAUCAUUCGGUAAAAAAUCCUGAUGAACAAUUCAUGGUUGUUCUUGCCUGCCGAAAUCAAGCACGAGCAACUACUGCACGAAAUGAUUUAUUAAAAGAAUUCCCGGAAGGUUUAGUUGAAAUUGUACUUGUAGAUGUGGCUUCGAUUGAGUCCGUGUUUAAAUGUUGUAAAGAAAUUAAAGACAGAUAUAACCGAGUUGAUCUGCUUUUUUGCAAUGCUGGAAUACUGUCCAUUUCAUAUAUGGAUUGGAAGGUCCCCUUUAAACAACUUCUUUUUGAUCCAGUUGCAUUGUUUUCAAAAACAGAUGUUAUAGUUCAACCUGUGGGGAAACUUACUUCGGAAGGUUUAGGUAAAACGUUUGCUUGUAAUUUCUUUGGGCAUUAUGUUAUGAUUCGAGAGCUCGAAGAUUUAUUAUCCCAAGCGAAAGAUCCUCGCAUUAUUUGGACAGGUUCUUAUACAUCCACUAAAGAAAGUUUGAAUAUGGAUGAUUAUCAAUGCAAUAAAGGAAACGUACCUUACGAAUCAUCCAAACGAAUUAUGGAUAUAAUCAGCAUUGGACUUAAUUCUCGUUUAAAUAAACAAAAUAUCUAUAGUUUUGCAACUCAUCCCGGGGUUGUUUCUACAAAUAUCGUACGACUUGGGUGGCUUACGAGUGGUUUAAAGAAUAUUGGACUUUAUACGGCACGAACUUUAGGAAUGAGAGUUCAAACUAUCACCAGUUGGAAUGGAUCAUAUGUCAAUUAUUACGUUGCAACUCAACCUAUUGAAUCUCUAGUUACUACUAUAAAAUAUGGUGGUUAUUGUAAUCCUCUCGGUAAGGUUUACGUUGAUAAAGAUGUAGUUGAGGGAUAUGAUGAAGCCGAAACCGAAGCUAGUCCAAAAGAAGCUGAAACUGAAACGAACAAUGAGGAAACUACUACUACUAAUAAUAAUGGCAAUGCUUCUGUUGACGCUUCUGGAGGAAGCAUUUCUAAUGAUAUAGCGAGUCAAAAACCCGAGUCUAUGGAUGUUGACGCUCCUUCAGAGUGGGAAUCCCGAAUUUCACGAUCUCGCAGAAUGGUUUACUAUUAUAAUCAUAGAAUCAAGGAAAGUACUUGGGAUCCUCCUGUAGGCGUUGAUCCCAAUACCAUUAGAGGAUAUGCGAGUCAAAAUAUUCAAGAAUUACAGAGUAUUAACCCGUUGGAAGGUGGAGAGAGUCAAAUUAGAGCUAGUCAUUUAUUGGUCAAACAUGACAAGAGCAGGCGUCCUAGUUAA